CACUAAUGCGCAUGCGCGGCUCGCCAUCUCGCGCAGCAGGGUGUGAGACCAUCGCCGCUAAAUUGUUUAUUUUCGCUGAGCGCAGUGACUGUUUUUGCUCUCCUGUUGAUAAAAUAUUGUGCCAAAUCAUGUCUAACAGACUUCUUGCUCAGAUGAAGAUCUAUUGACAUUGACAUUGCUUUAAAUCGUAGAUAUCGCGUGCUAAGAGUGCUAAGCGCGGAAGCCGCUAACAAGAUUCACAUCAAAACCACCAUAACUGGACAGAUUAAGACAGAUUCAUCCACAGGAGACGUAUCAGGUAUGGGACGUUUGGAUGGACCCUUCACUGGCGGCAGUGCAUUGCUGAAACGAGUCUGAAGCAGCACACAGGAGUCUCUCUGAAGCCUAUAACCAGCGCAGGAUGUCCAUCACAAACCCCCCCACUAGUAACGACGCCUGUCUGAGCAUCGUGCACAGUCUGAUGUGUCACAGACAGGGCGGCGAGAGCGAGACCUUCGCCAAACGGGCCAUUGAGAGUCUGGUGAAGAAACUGAAGGAGAAGAAAGACGAGUUGGAUUCGCUCAUCACCGCCAUCACCACCAACGGUGCUCAUCCCAGCAAAUGUGUGACCAUACAGAGAACACUAGACGGCCGUCUGCAGGUGGCUGGUCGUAAAGGAUUCCCGCAUGUCAUCUAUGCACGGUUGUGGCGAUGGCCAGACCUUCAUAAGAACGAGUUGAAACACGUCAAGUACUGCCAGUUUGCCUUUGACCUGAAGUGUGACAGCGUGUGUGUGAACCCUUACCAUUACGAGAGAGUGGUGUCUCCAGGAAUAGACUUAUCUGGACUCACACUGUCAGGCUCUGGUCCGUCGGGUCUGAUGGUGAAGGAUGAGUAUGAUUAUGAAGGGCAGCCGUCUCUGUCAAGCUCUGAGGGACACAUGCAGACGAUUCAACACCCUCCCUCUCGCCCGGUGGCCCCGGAGCCCUUCAGCACGCCCUCCAUGCUCCCGCCAGCAGAGGGCAGCAGCUCGGCCUCCACCUCCGCCUUCUCCAGCAUCGCAGUGGGACCCACAACUCAGCCCAAUAGUGUUCUCUCAGGAAGCCACAGCAGCGAUGGUCUGCUGCAGACUGCCUCUGGGACGGGGCAGGGCUCACAGCAGAAUGGUUUCCCCCCCGGCCAGCCCUCCACAUACCAUCACAACGCUAGCUCCAGCUGGACGAGGAACAGUAACUUCCCCCCCACCGUGCCUCACCAUCAGAACGGUCAUCUCCAGCAUCAUCCGCCCAUGGCCCAUCCAGCACACUUCUGGCCCGUUCACAACGAAAUCGCGUUCCAGCCACCGAUAUCCAACCACCCUGCUCCAGAGUACUGGUGCUCCAUCGCUUACUUCGAGAUGGACGUUCAGGUGGGCGAGACCUUUAAAGUUCCCUCGUCCUGUCCCAUCGUGACCGUGGACGGGUAUGUGGACCCCUCCGGAGGAGACCGCUUCUGUCUCGGUCAGCUCAGCAACGUCCACAGAACGGAGGCCAUCGAGAGAGCGAGACUGCACAUCGGGAAGGGCGUCCAGCUGGAGUGUAAAGGGGAAGGGGACGUUUGGGUUCGCUGUCUGAGCGAUCACGCCGUCUUCGUCCAGAGCUACUACUUGGAUCGUGAAGCCGGUCGAGCUCCUGGAGACGCUGUGCACAAGAUCUACCCCAGCGCUUACAUCAAGGUGUUUGAUCUGCGUCAGUGUCACAGACAGAUGCAGCAGCAGGCCGCGACAGCACAAGCAGCAGCAGCCGCUCAAGCAGCAGCGGUGGCCGGAAACAUCCCCGGCCCUGGAUCUGUGGGAGGAAUCGCUCCUGCUAUCAGUUUGUCUGCGGCCGCUGGAAUCGGUGUGGAUGACCUCCGCCGGCUCUGCAUCCUGCGCAUGAGCUUCGUCAAGGGCUGGGGUCCGGAUUACCCCCGACAGAGCAUCAAAGAGACGCCCUGCUGGAUCGAGAUCCACCUGCACCGUGCGCUGCAGCUGCUGGAUGAGGUUCUGCACACCAUGCCCAUCGCUGACCCCACGCCGCUGGACUGAGACCAGACCCUGGACCGCCGAACUGUGCGGACGAUGCCGAGAGACCAGUACGGUUCAGAGGUCAACAUCACGGCUGCGUUUAUUUCAUUUGCUGCUUUUGUUUUAGCCGUGUUCUAACAUUCAGACCCUGAAGUGCACAGGUCCCAGUGUUGUAGUGACACUAAAGCUUCAAAAGUGUUUUGCAUGAAGAUGAGGUGCAUGCUGGGAGCUGUUAAAACGAAUUUGUUCUUAGACCCUUGCUUCCUGCUGUUGCUUCACUAGACACUAGAGUCUCCCAUCGUGUCUGAACCGAGUCCAUUUCAAUCAGACUGUCAGAUUUCACUUUUAUUUCCUACUUUGUUUUGGUCAUCAUCUCUUGAUGCAAACCAGAGUCUCUCAGGCCGAACGUUUAAAAGCUGCUCUGGAAGAAUGACGGCUGACGUAUACCUGAACAUCAUGUGACAUCAUUUCCUUUCUAUUGAUUCGCGGAGUUUGGGUUAAAGCGGUUCGGACUCACGGUUGUAUUAGCAGGUGUUGCAUGUACAGAAGAUGUGCGUUUUCUUUUGAGCUUCUCACUAGUAGUAGUUUUUAUUUUGCAAGUUUCUCGCUGCAUUCUGUUAUCAGUCAUAGCAAGAUGUGUUAACGGUUAGUUUAGACUCAUUCAUCUACAAGCAAUAACAACCAGUUUCUUCUGAAUGCUUUUUUCUUUUUCUUUUAGCCAUGUAUUUGUUUUAGCACUUUUUUUUUCAUCUUUCAGUUUCUCUUCUUUGCAGCCUGUGAAUAAAAAUGCAGCUCUUUUACAGAAAAUAAAUUUGGUUUACAGGAAUCAUAACCAGAAAUUAAAAUGUGCUCAUCCUCAGAUCACCCAAGAUGAGUUUGGUUCUUCAUCAGGUUUGUAGAAAUGUCUCAUCAAUGGAUGCUCUGCAGUGAAUGGGUGCCGUCAGAAUGAGAGUCUGAUAAAAACAUCACAAUAAUCCACAGCACUCCAGUCCAUCAGUGAACAUCUGGAGAAGACAAAAGAUGAAACACAUCCAGCAUUAAGAUGAUUUUAACUCAAAUACAUAGAGUCUAUAAUCCAUAAUAACACUUCCUCCAGUGAAAAAGUGCAUCAAAAUCACUCACAUAUGUGUUUUAGAUCUGUUUAAACGCUGCUUGAUCUGUGCAGAUUUCUCUCCUGAUUCAGACCAGAACACUUUUUCACUGGAGGAAGUGUUAUUAUGGAUUAUAGACUCUAUGUGUUUGAGUUAAAAUCGUCUUAAUGCUGGAUGUGUUUCAUCUUUUGUCUUCUCCAGAUGUUCACUGAUGGACUGGAGUGCUGUGGAUUAUUGUGAUGUUUUUAUCAGACUCUCAUUCUGACGGCACCCAUUCACUGCAGAGCAUCCAUUGAUGAGACACUGAUGCAGUGCUACAUUUCUACAAACCUGAUGAAGAAACAAACUCAUCCUGAUCUUGUACAAGUAUCUUAGAGUAUUUCUUUAACACAUUAUUGGUUUAAUGCAGCUUUCACAGCUGGUCAAAGGUUACAAGGGCUCCAUUUGAUCUGUUUCUAAAGAUCCUUUCACAGGAAACGGAUGAAUUCACUCUUUUAUACAAUGUAUACCACACGCCUCUGAUGCCUGAGAUUAUCAGUUAUUCAUAUAACAAAUGAUGGCCAUGUAUGGAUAUGAGAUGAACUGGAACGGAGUGUUUCGGAUGUUAACAUUGAAAGCCAUAAGACAUGAAUAUGAUGAGAAAUAAGAUCCCAGGAUUCUUCAGAGAUGGUGUUUUCUCUAUGAAAUGACACCCUUACUCUUGAGACUUACUCUAGACGAUCACGUCAGACUUGCGUGUCUCGAAGAGAGUAAAGAUGACGGAUCAAACUUCUGUUGAGCCGAAUUCAUAUUCUGUUUAAAAAGAAAUGGGAGAUUUCUGAACAAGAAGAGAGCACUUGUGAGAGCAUUUGCUUAAAUAGCUCGUACUUUUAGCAGGUAAUCAAAUACAGUGUAUUAUUAAAUUGAUUUUGAAGU